UGAGUUAAAAUUUGCAGUCAUGCGAACUGAAGUAUGCCUGGUGCUUCCGUUGUUGUUCGCUCCUGCAUUUGUUGGGGCAGGACAAUCAAAACAGAAAGAUUUACCAGGAUAUGACGGAAAUCUUGAACCCGAUCCCUUAGGUUCUUCUUCCCCCUGUGGUAAUUAUACGCUAACAAGGGUGUGCCAAAGCAAUCACAACGGUUAUCACUACAACAGGCAAAUGAGGUUAUGUUUCAAAAGUGACAGCAAACACUGUGGAAAUUAUCCAAAUAUAUUUGGAAGUUGUGAUGAUUGCGUGUUGGAAUGCAAAGUGAGUGUGUGCAGUGAAGAAACAACACCGCCUCCAUUCAAGUUGCCACAUUUCAGCCCAAUGGGACGGUGAUGUUGUCCUCCCAUGAAUAAAACAUGCAUUUAUAUAUGUUCA